UUGUGAAUAUCACGAACCAAAAAGAAGAAUGUCAUUAAACAGCUGUUUUUUUUUGAUUGGACACAAAUCGCACGUGUAAUAAGUAAAAUUGAAGUUAUUUAGCUAAAAAUUAUUUUAAGCUUAUGGUGAAAUGAGUGACAAAAUUCAUAUAAACCAAACAAGAUAUGAUGAUGCCGACGAUUAUGAACCUACGGAUUCUGAAGCAGAGUACAGCGAAAAUGAUAAAGAAUUGCUGCGCCAAGUUCGACAAGGUCACCGACGUAAGGACGAUAGCAAAGAAAACGCCCUAAUGGCGUUCGAUGAAAGUGACGAUGAGGACGACGAUGAGGAUGAUGUGGGAGCUUUAAUGCAUGGUAGCGAUAUAGAGGGUGCCGAGACUGAUGAUGACUUACCCGAUACCACAAACUGGGGCGAUAAGAGCCGCAAUUAUUACAAUACAGAUUUUGUGGAUCCCGAUUAUGACACAUAUACUGCGGAACAAGAGGAGAUGGCCAAGGAGGAGGAAGAGGAGGCUAAAAAAAUACAAAUGCGUUUAGCAAAACAAAUGAAAGAAGAGGACUUUUUACUCGAUGACACACUUAUUCAUGCCGUUAAACCUAAAGAAACAAAGCUAAAAGAGGAAACUGCUGCGGUAGAACCAAUCGAAGUUAAAGCUGAUCUUGCCGGCAUUACUAAGCGAGAUAAAUUGAGGUUAUUUCAAGAAGAUUCACCAGAGUUUGCACCACUUGUGGAUGAUUUUGAGAAUUAUGUCAAAGAAGUGGAACAGAUUAUAGCACCUGUUAUGCUAUACGUGCGUCAAAAUAAUGUGCCAAAGAUACCUGCUAUACAAUUUGCAGAGCUCUAUCAAAAUAUAGCGCUCAGUUAUUGUUCGAACGUAGCAUUUUACUUGCUUUUGAAAGCUAAACGUACCGCUGUACGCAACCACCCAGUUACAAAACGUUUAUUACAAUUGAAAAAACUCAUCAAACAGUUGCAAAAUAAAUACCAUAAUAUAAUACGGCCACAACUGGAGGCAUUAUUAGAGCGAAUUGUAGAUGGUGAUAAAUUCCAAGUAUUGAAUGUGAAGGAUAUCGCUGACAGAACUAAGUCUAAGAAGAAGACAAAAUUGGGUAUACUUGAGAAAUAUGAUGAGAAAAUUAAAAUUGAUGACAAACACGCUGAUGAGGAGUCUGAAGAGGAAGAUAAUGAAGAUGAAGAUAUGAAUCUAACUGAAGCCAAUCCAUAUGCGGAUGAGGAUAUACGUCGUGGCAUUACCUAUCAAAUUGCCAAAAACAAAGGUCUCACACCAGCGCGCAAAAAAGAAUUGCGCAAUCCACGCGUCAAGCAUCGCAACAAGUUCCGCAAAGCUUUGGUACGACGCAAGGGUGCAGUACGCACCGUACGCAAAGAAACAACACGGUAUGGUGGCGAAAUAUCCGGUAUCAAAGCGACGGUCAGCAAGAGUGUCAAAUUCAAAGUAUAACGAUUGCAAAAAUUAUAUUUUUAUUUUCACAAUGUUUGUGAGUAGAGAUUACGUGCAAAGUGUUAAUACAAAACAUAAUGAUGUUCAUACAAAAAAUAUAUAUUACCUUUUAUUUCGUGUUAUUAAAGGAAGGACAAAAUGUAAACAAA